AUGGCUUUCGAGGUAGGCGAAAUGCUGGCUGGCGGCCUCUCGGCCUUGCUGACCAAGGGUCAUGAGCCUAAGCCUGAGCCCAAAAAGCCCGAGCCCAAGAAGCCCGAGCCGAAAACGGAGGAGGAGCUGAGGAAGGAUAUAAGGGCCCACAAGAAUCAGAUCAAGGAUGACAAGGAUGAACUGAGGAGGAAGAAGCAUCACAGGGGCUCAAAGAGAGACCUGGAGUCCAUCAACAUACUCCCCAUUGGCGAGUCGGUCGACGACGAGCUGGUCGGAGACGAGCUGGUCGGAGACGAGUGGGUCGAAGAUGAGCUAGACAUUGAAGAGCCCGUCCAAGCCACGGAGAACAUCCAGGCUAGGGAUCUCACCCGCGUCGUCAAGCCCAAUCGUUUCAACCGUGUCUUGGAGCAGCUGUCGGAAAUCCCCACCACGGAGGAACUGGAAGAAUUCUUUGCUAUUCCUGAGGGAAACCCACUGACCCCCACCCUUGAAUCCCUCACUGGGCUGAACGGCAGCAGGAUCUUGAGUCCCCGUGGCGUCGACAUGCCCGCCGCUCAGGCUUCGGAUGGCACUCCCAUCGUCACCCCGUCCGUCAGUUCUUCGGAUGCUUCCCGCGGUCACCAGUGCAAUGAGUUCGGAACCACGAUCGCUAUCUGUGUCCUCAUCGUCGCCUUGCUCACGGUCUCGGGCGCCAUGAUGGCGUGGGUCGCCAAGCUCUACAAGGACCUCGGCAUCGCGAGGAAGCAGGGGCUUCCUGUGUACGUGAAGGACCCCCAGAACGGCUCCGGUCGUAACGGGGUUGAGAAGGAUGAUGCCGACAGCAUCUACAUCACCAGGACGCUCCCAUAA